CGCGACCAUGCGCGUCCGACUGCGUGAGCAUCGACGGACGACGAGCCAGUUUGUUGUUUUGCCAGCAUCCCUCCAAGGCGAAGAUAUCCGGUGGUCCACUGGUCUGCUAUAACUAGGAUCAUUCGAAUAUACGAGAAGGUCGAGGAGGAUUGUUGAUUUGACAUUUAACGAGACAUGCUCGAGCAAUAGGGCGCACCAUGGACGCGGGGAUCAUCAUCGAAACGGAGAACAAUGAAGGGAAUAUACCACCGCCCGACGUACCGAAAAUAAAACACGACUGGUAUCAAACGGAGGACCACGUGGUUGUGACGAUACUCGCCAAGAAUAUGGAAAAUGUGGAGGUCGAAUACGGAGAGAGUACACUGAGCGUGUCCGCGAAGUUACCAUCCACCAAUGUAUAUAGCCUGAACUUACGCUUGGCUAACUUUAUAGUGGUGGAACAAUGCACGCACAAGGUAUGGCCGUCCAGAAUAGACAUCAAGCUGAAAAAACGGGAUGGCAUUAGAUGGACAACGCUGGAAGGUAAUCCAGUCCAAAGUAAAAUAAAACCUAUACCAAAUGAACAAACUGGAAACAACCAGGAAGAACUGGGCGAACAAGCACCUAAGUAUCCAAGCUCCAGUAAAAGCUCCAGAGAUUGGAAUAAGGUAGAAAAGGAGAUAGAGAAGCAGGAGAAAGCAGAAGAAACUGAGGGUGAGGCUGCGGUGAAUGCUCUCUUCCAACAGAUAUACGGUAACGGAACCGACGAAGUGAGACGCGCGAUGAACAAGUCCUUCCUAGAAUCUGGCGGCACUGUCUUGAGCACUAAUUGGAAAGAAGUGGGAGGUAAAACAGUCGAGAGAAAACCACCAGACGGAAUGGAGUGGAAAUCUUGGGAUUCGUAACUCAAAAUUGAUAUCUUAAAUUGAAUUUUCAUUGUUUCUUGUAUACAAUAAUCACGUUUAAUUCUUAAUUACCAUAUCUCUGUAUAACAUGUAUUUUAUUAUUCUAAGAAGAUAUAUACAUAUAUUGACAUUUAUUGAUUUACUUUUUUCGUAAUAUGAUAACUUUUCCCUUUAAAAAUUAUAUUUUUUUGUACGAAAUAUAUAAAAUUACUAUAGUUUGCUUAUAA